GCUCCGCAUGGACGCUCUCACUCUAAGCCUGCGAGAGGGACACACACUAAGAGAGAGGGCAGUGAGCCGCGAUUCCAGCCAGACAGUGGGAUACGCAACCUUUCACUCGCUUGCAGGAGAGAACAGCCCUCCCAAACCAACUUCUAAACUCCAAACUGGCCUCUUCCUGAAGCACUAUGGAGAGGAAUUAUGAGCCUGAGAUGAUGUUUAAACUGGCCAAUAAGGAAAGCUGCCAACCUCACCCUGCACCCAAGACCCAGGAGAGGGGCCAGUGGGCCACCAAAGCGGAGUUCCUGCUGGCCGUGGCAGGACAGAUCAUUGGCUUGGGGAAUGUGUGGAGAUUCCCAUACCUGUGCUACAAGAACGGAGGCGGAGUGUUCUUCAUCCCCUACGUGCUGUUCCUUUUCACCUGUGGCAUUCCCCUCUUCCUCCUGGAGACGUCCCUGGGCCAGUACACCAGCCAGGGCAGCAUCACCUGCUGGAGGAAGAUCUGCCCCCUCUUUGGAGGAUUGGGCUACGGAAGUCAGGUGGUUGUUCUGUACUCCAGCAUCUAUUACAUCAUCAUUCUGGCCUGGGCGUUCUUUUACCUCUUCUCCUCCUUCAGCUCAGAGCUCCCCUGGGCAUCCUGCAAAAACACCUGGAACACAGCCUCCUGCCUUGAUAUUAACCAGAAGAACAUCUCCAGCAACUGGACAUUAGCUGAGAAUGCUACGUCACCACUGAAGGAAUUCUGGGAGAGACGGGUGCUGAAUAUCUCAGGGAGUGUGGAGGAAGUGGGAGCCGUGAGGUGGGAGCUGGCUCUGUGUCUCCUUCUCUCCUGGAUCGUUUGCUUCUUCUGUGUUUGGAAGGGGGUCAAGUCCACAGGGAAGGUGGUGUACUUCACGGCCACCUUCCCCUAUGUGAUGCUGCUGGUGCUGCUGGUCCGAGGCCUCACGCUGCCAGGGGCCAAAGACGGCAUCAUCUUUUACCUGUACCCAGACCCGGCCCGGCUCGCCGACCCACAGGUGUGGAUGGAUGCUGGGACUCAGAUAUUUUACUCCUACGCCAUUUGCAUUGGCUGUCUGAUAGCUCUAGGCAGCUACAACAAGUACAACAACAACUGCUACAAAGACUGUGUAUGCCUGUGCCUUCUGAACAGCGGGACCAGCUUUGUGGCGGGCUUUGCCAUCUUCUCAGUGCUGGGCUUCAUGGCGCACGAACAGGGGGUGGACAUCUCGAUGGUAGCUGAAUCAGGUCCUGGCCUGGCUUUCAUCGCAUACCCCCAGGCUGUGGCUAUGAUGCCCCUGCCCCAGCUUUGGGCCAUCUUCUUCUUCAUCAUGAUCAUCUUACUGGGGCUAGACAGUCAGUUUGUAGGUUUAGAAGCUCUCAUGACUUCCAUCUCAGACAUGUACCCUUCCUUCUUUCAAGUCGGCCAUAGGCGCAAAUUCCUUCUUCUGCUCAUCAGUGUGAUCUGCUUCUUCAUUGGCCUGGUGAUGGUCACAGAGGGGGGCCUGUACAUCUUCCAGCUAUUUGAUUACUACGCCUGCAGUGGCAUGACCCUACUCACAUUUGCCAUCCUUCAGUCUGUGUGCAUCGGCUGGAUUUAUGGUGCUGAUCGCCUGUAUGACAACAUUGAAGACAUGAUCGGCUAUCGACCACCCCCUCUGAUUAAAUACUGCUGGCUUUAUAUAACACCAGUAGUCUGCACUGGCACCUUCAUCUUCUCCUUGGUCAAGUACACUCCCCUCAAGUUUAACAACUCCUACGAGUACCCCUGGUGGGGUUAUGCCAUCGGCUGGUUCUUCACCCUCUCCUCUACCCUCAUGGUGCCCCUCUGGCUGCUCUACAUUGUCGCCGUCACUCCCGGGACAUUGCGACAGAGACUGCGGAUUCUCUGUACCCCAGCUGGGGACCUUCCCGACACCAAGGCCCAAAAGGAGGCCCUCUGUGCCACCCUUUAUGAGCCAGGAAAGUUGUGUCUGGCUCAGAGGGAGACAACGGCAUGGGGCAACAACAUCAGAGACACAGGCCUGCUGUAGAGACACCUGCCCAGGCAGGCCUUGGACUGGAGGCCUGGUGGGUGGUCACCCCUCCUCUUGGGUGGUUAUGAAGACCCUGCCUGGAACAUCUCCUCACUUUGUCUUCCUCCACAGGCCUACGCUACAGCUGACAAAGAAAACCUAUAAACCAAUCAAAACUAUUUACAAUCUUCAAGAAAAAAAGUUGGUAAAUUGGUAAAUGUAAACUGAAUUGUUCGGGAAAAAGACAUAGCUACUGGUGCAAUAAACCAGGGAACACUAAGAUUAUUGAGCUAAAAUGGUAAAACCAUGAGUUUGGAGUUCAGUAUUUUCCAUGACACUUGCUGAAAUUUAACCAAUGCACCAGGAACAUAGUCAUCCAUUAUGAAUUUCCACCACCAGCAGCAUCAGAGGUGGCUUGUUCGUCAUCUGAUGACCAUCUCCUCAGCCUGCUAAAGUGUUGCCAAAAAUGUGCUUUCCGAGUUCUUCACAGCUCACCAAGCCUGUCCGUGCCCUACGUCAAAUGGACUUCAAGGAACUGGGUGAUGAUUAAUGCACGUUGGACACUGUAUAGCAUUUUGUAUUUAUGCACAACAUUGUCUUUUUUUCACAUUGUGUGAUUGGGCGUAAUUAUGUAAACGCUGCAACUGGAUUGGCUCCUGGAGCAAGUACUGUCUUACCCACUCUGCCAUGAAGUGGCGGUAUGCUAGCCUGAUUAGGCACCAUGUUGUUGUACAUUACAACUUUGUAAUGUUUUUUUCUACUUGUCAUGCUAAUUUUGUAAAUCUAUUUUGUGUACUUAGUAAGCUUUUAAUACCUGUCACCUAAAAUGGAGUUUGAGUGAGACUGCAUUGAGAUUGGUAGAUGAUGAAUAAACGUAAAUGUAAAUGAGACAAAGUGAAAAUAUACAAAAUGUAAGCGAAUCAGAAAAGGCUGAAAAUCAGUGUAUAUUCUUAAUGGUGAAAGCGCAAUACUGUCGCCUGGAUUCAUUCAUACUGCAGUGCGGUUUGCUGCACACUAAGGUUUGUUUAAGGCCUGGUAGGGAUUCAUUCCUUUGAGCACUUCUGCAGGAGUGCCCAGGAAGAGCAGGCCUGUUUUUAAGGUUUUAGACUGUACAAAUAGUUGUGUUUAUCAUAUUUAUCACUCUUAUUUCACAAUGAAAGCUUGCAGUGUGUGCUCAGCUUCAUUGAUCCUGCACCAAAGGCUUACAUUCAGCAGAAUGUAACUGCAGUUAUAGCACAGGAGCACAGCCAAGCCCUCAAAGUGUCAAACUAUCAAAACUUCAGGAGCAUGGUUAUGUAAAGACUGUGCAACCUUUUCCCUAGCAUCAGUGAAUAACACGGUUCCAAGAAAGGGGAUGGCAUUGUUUUUUUUUUUUUUUUGGGGGGGGGGAGUAAAAGUUACACUACAUGAACUGAUUUGUCCAGCGGCUUGCUUCAUACUUCAGUACAAAUAACACCUUGGUAGACUUUGAGUCUAAAGUAUGUGUUUGGAGUGUGUGUAGACAGCGCUUUAGCUGGUAGUUACAAGGGAAGCCUGACCCUUUACAUGGACCACAAUGCUGGAUACACACUGGAUACAUCUUUCAAUGCCAUUGUUAUUAGUUUGUGAUUUGUGUACAAAUUAUCUAGGACAUUAAAAGGGUAGUGUAGUGCUUUUAGAGUUUAGAUAACCAUGUGGUCUGCUUUUACAA